AUGUUUGCUAGGUUUCCGUUUAGAGCCUCGAAUCAACUUGCAAAAAAUUGCAGGGUAUGGCGCAGUUCUCGUCCGCUUCGAUUCAACUCCACGGCUACGUUGGAUAGCUUUGUAACACCAUCGGAGAUUAUCAAUGCUCAGAACAGCUUAAACAUAGGCAUCACACAGCGAGCAGCCAACAGACUUGCGCAGAUAUCUCAGGAUUCCGGCGAGGCACUGCGUGUGUGCGUAGAGAGCGGAGGAUGCCACGGCUUCCAGUACCGCCUGACUCUAAUUCCCCGAGACCAGAUAAAGCUAGACGCUUUUAACGCGAGCGACAGCGCAAAGCCUGCCGAUACCCAAGAGAAUGAGGACAGUUUUGAGGAGGACGAUGACGACUUUGAAUCAAAUCAGGAUGUAGUUUUCGUCUUACCUGACAACGGCGGGCAAGUGGUCAUUGACGAAAAGUCUCUAAAGGUGCUCGACAAAACGACUCUAACGUACACUACCGAAUUGAUAGGGUCCACUUUCAAAAUUACAGGGGGCAACAUGAAAAACAGCUGCGGAUGUGGCAGUAGUUUCGAUGUGGAGAUGUAA